AUGAUCCUGGUGCUCGCGGCCGCAGCAGCGGUAGCCAGCCGCGUCGCCGCGGCAGGCGCCCGCUGGAAGCAGCGCGAAGCACGAGCUGGCGCACGGAUUGAGCGCCGCGCGGGGGUCGACAUCCUCCACCCCACCAGCUCCGGCUACCUCACAGCUUCUCAGGAGAAUGGAUCUGAGCUGUUCUAUGUGUUUUUUGAAGCUGAGGAGCCCGAGGGCGACCUCGAGACGACGCCGAUCGUGCUUUGGCUGCAG